AAGUGCUCGUGUGCAAAAUCCCUACUGACCAUGUAAGCACACCCUGCAAAGUCCAUUAGAGGUAUCUAGAGUCCACUGCUCCCAGCCAGCAUGGGGUACUUCUGAGGAGUAACUGGUGACUACCAAGCCACCACAGAGUGUCAGCGGCGACAGGCCGACCGGGUGCAAGACAGCAAGAGUAGUGGCGGCGUAGCUCGUCGGCGAGGGCGGCGCCGCCAUCUCGGUGCCUACUGCCUUGGAAUCACGCAUCCACACCAUUUGGCCUCAACCUUGCUGGCUUGCCGGGUCACGUCAGGGCGUGUGAGUGUGGGCCGUCCCGUGAGCUUGAGCCUCGCCGGAUCAAAGCAGUAGAGUGCUGUAUUUACUUCCACGCCACAAGAUCUCAUAGGCCACAGAAGCAUAUUUACCUUGUGAGUGCUGUUGAUCACCCGGUGUGCGUUCCCUAGAUCUGCCCCUGCCUUGGUUGUGCGUUCACCAAAAUUCAGAUCUACGGAGAAACACAGCAGAACGAUGGAGGCGACGGCGCUGAGUGUGGGCAAGUCCGUGCUGAAUGGAGCACUCGGCUACGCGAAAUCUGCCUUCGCAGAGGAGGUAGCCUUGCAGCUCGGUAUCCAGCGUGAUCAUGCGUUCGUCUCGGAUGAGCUUGAGAUGAUGCAGUCUUUCAUGAUGGAGGCACACGAGGAGCGAAACGACAACAAAGUGGUGAAGAUCUGGGUGAAGCAGGUCCGUGACACGGCCUAUGACGUUGAGGACAGUCUCCAAGAUUUUGCUGUCCGUGUGGAGAGGCCAUCUUGGUGGCGAUUCCCUCGCACGCUGCUCGAGCGGCGCCGUGUGGCCAAGAAGAUGAAGGAGCUCAGGGCCAAGGUUGAGGAUGUGAGCCAGAGGAAUGUGCGGUACCGCCUCAUCAAGGGCUCUGGAUCCAAGGCCACAGCUGCCACUGUGCAAUCAAGCAUCAUUGCUGCAGCCAUAUUCGGUGUUGAUGAUGCAAGGCGUGCCGCAAAGGAGAAUCAGAGAGUGGAUCUCGUCCAACUGAUCAACAAGGAGGAUGAUGACCUUAGAGUCAUUGCGGUGUGGGGAACAGGUGGUGAUAUCGGCCAAACAUCCAUCAUCAGGGCGGCUUACAAGAAUCCAGACACCCAAAGAAAAUUUCCCAGCCGAGCAUGGGUGAGGGUGACUCAUCCAUUCAGUUCAGAAGGCUUUGUCCGGAGCUUAGUGAACCAAUUUCUUGCAGUGGAAGGAUUUAAAGAUAUAUUAGACACAGAGAAGACCGCGCACGAUUUAGUUCAGGAGUUCGAUGGAUAUGUGAAGGAGAAGAGGUUUCUCAUUGUGCUUACUGACCUCUGCACCAUUGAAGAGUGGGACCAGAUCGAAAAAUGCCUGCCAAACAACAACAAAGGAAGCCGAAUCAUAGUGUCAACAACACAAGUUGAAGUUGCAAGCUUAUGUGCAGGGCAAGAUAGCCAAGCCUCAGAGCUAAAGCAAUUGUCUGCUGAUCACACGCUUUAUGCAUUCUAUGACAAGGGUUCUCAAAAUGAAAUGGUUUCUAUGGAUCCAGUAUCUAACUCAGAUGUGGCCACCACUAGUACAAAUGCCCAAACAGUGGCCCCUAGUGAGAUAACAGAGAAUCAGUGUAAGGAUGUUGAUGAAAUGAAGGUGGACAAAAAGAGCCUCACUCGCAUCAGAACGGGUGUUGGUUCUUUUGAGGAAUCUCAACUGAUUGGGCGAGAGAAAGAAAUAUCCAAAAUUAUAGGAUUAAUCUCAAACAAGGCUAGCCAACAGAGUCAGGUGAUCUCUGUUUGGGGAAUGGGUGGUCUUGGAAAAACCACUCUAGCCAAUGGCAUUUAUCAAAGCCCAAAGUUAAGUGACAUGUUUGAGAAGCAUGCUUUUGUCACAAUCAUGCGUCCUUUCAAUCCUGCAGAUCUACUUAGAAGUUUAGUCGGGCGAUUACAAGAAGAGUCUUCUAAGAAGGAAGAACUGUUGAACAAUAGACCUAGCAAGACCGAAUCAUUAGCAAUGAUGGGGGUUGAAGCCUUGACUAAAGAGUUGAAAAGGCUUUUAGAAAAGAAGAGCUGCUUGAUUGUUCUGGACGAUCUGUCAUCCAUUGAAGAAUGGGACCAUAUAAUACAAGGGUUUUCUUGGAUGGAAAAAACAACCCGAAUAAUUGUGACUACAAGGGAGGAAAGCAUUGCAAAGCAUUGUUCCGGGAAAUAUGGAAUAGUACACAACCUUGAAGUUCUAAAAGAAGAGGAUGCACUUAACCUCUUCAGCUUAAAGGUAUUUGGGAAGGCUGCAGAUUUUGUUAAGCAGAAUCCAGAGUUUGUUGAAGAAGCAAACCAAAACUUGAAGGAGUAUGGUGGACUUCCCCUUGUGAAGGCAACAGAUUUGAUUAUGAAGAAUCCCGAGUUGUUUGAAGAAACAAAAAAAAUCCUAAAAAAGUGUGGUGGACUUCCCCUUGCAAUAGUUACAAUAGGUGGCUACUUGGCAAGCCGGCCAAAGACUAGAGCUGAGUGGAGAAAGUUGAAUGAAAAUAUCAGUGCUGAGUUAGAGAUGAAUCCAGAGCUUGGGAUGAUAAGAACCGUCCUUCAGACAAGUUAUGAUGGUUUACCCUAUGAACUCAAGUCAUGUUUCUUAUAUCUAUCCAUUUUUCCUGAGGACCACAUCAUUAGCCAGAGGCGUUUGGUGCGUCGAUGGACAGCAGAAGGGUACUCACACGAGAGGCGUGGCAAGUCUGCCAAUGAAAUGGCUGAAAAUUACUUCACAGAACUCAAAUACAGAAGCAUGAUUUUACCAGUUCAAAAAUCAGUUUGUAGUAGAAAAUCAAUUGACUCUUGCAAAGUCCAUGAUCUCAUCCGUGAGAUUGCCAUCUCAAAGUCAAUGGAGGAAAACCUUGUUUUUAGACUGGAGGAAGGAUGUGGCUUGAGUACCCAUGGCGCAAUUCGUCAUCUUGCAAUAAGCAGCAACUGGAAAGGAGAUCAGAGUGAGUUAGAGAGAAUAGUUGAUCUGUCACGAUUACGAUCACUAACCAUAUUUGGAGGAUUUAGACCAUUUUACAUUUCUGACAAGAUGAGGCUUCUACGAGUGCUCGACUUAGAAGGCAUAUGGCUAGAAUACCAUCAGCUUGAUCAUAUUUGGAAGCUUCUUCACCUAAAAUACCUUUCUCUACGAGGAUGUAUUGGUAUUGAUCUACUGCCAGAUUCAUUGGGCAACCUGAGACAGCUCCAAGUGCUAGACGUCAGAGGUACAAAUGUAAUGGCUCUGCCCAAAACCAUCAUCAAGCUUCGGAAGCUACAGUACAUCCAUGCUGGUUGGAAAAUAAGUUAUGUAAUAGAGGAAAAGGACAGUUUAACCAGGAGAUGUCUUUGGGGGGCGGGUCAAUGUGCAACAUGUUGCGUACCUGUUCUUGGGGACAUUGAUGGCCCUCUCCAUAAGGCCCUUACAAGGCGUGAUGCAUGCACUUUCGCUUGCUGCGUGCGAUUCCCUGCUGUCAUGAUGGGGUUUGUUGAAGAAAGUGGCGCUAUGGUGCCAAGGGGGACAAGAAAACUGAAAGAGUUGCACACAUUGCGGGAAGUGAAUGUCGGAAGGGGAAAUGCCGUUCUACAGGACAUCAAAAUGCUCACGGGGUUGCGCAAGUUAGGAGUCACCGGCAUCAACAGGAAGAAUGGCCCAGUUUUUCGCGCUGCCAUUUCCAAGCUCAGCAGGCUGGAAUCACUAUCUGUGAGUUCGUCAGGGAAGCCAGGUUUGCAUGGCUGCUUGGAUGCUAUAUCCCCGCCUCCAGAAAACCUGCAGAGCCUCAAGCUCUAUGGGAAUACGGAAACGUUGCCGCAAUGGAUCAAGCUGCUCCCGCAUCUAGUGAAGUUGAAACUAGUGAGCACCAGGCUAUUGGAGCACGAUGAUGCUAUGGAAUUCCUUGGGAAACUGUCAAAGCUGGAAAUUCUAAGCUUGUCUCGUCAAUCGUUUCAGGGUGAAGAACUUCGUUUCCGAUCUCAGCAGACUGGAAGAGCUUUCGGAAGCCUCAGGGUGCUCAUGCUUACAAACAUACGGUACAUCAAAUCGGUAAAGUUUGAAGAAGGAAUAAUGCCCAAACUUGAGCGGCUGCAGGUCAGAGGGGUAGUAAAUAAUGAGAUUGGAUUUUCUGGGCUAGAUAUUCUCCAAAGCAUCAACGAGGUCCAGCUCAGUGUUUACAUUCCCUGGGAUAAAGAAAGGAUAAUAGCUGCUAAAGAUCCUAAGACCAGGGAAAAGAUAGAGGAGGAAGAAAGACAGGAACAAAGGCGCAAGAAAGGUGAACUGAAGAAGAAAGUCCAGGAACAGCUUGCUCGGAAUAGAAACGAACCAAUUCUAACGUUUGACAAUAUAUACCUGGGGUAGUAUAGAGUAUAGGCUAUUUUUUAAUAUGGGUAAAAUUAUAAUUAGCACGACAUAUAUUAUUCGCUGCUCACUCGUCUGAAGGAGCUCGCCGCCGGCAGCUAUGAAGAACAACGGGAAGAACAGAUACUAGAAAGCAGGAUCGUUGGAGUGCAGUAGAACAUUCACAUUCUCUUAGAACGAAAGAACUGAUGAAGGUUUACAGUACGUUUACCA